UUUUUUUUUUUUUGUGAAUAAUGUUAUCCUAAUAGAAUUUUGUAAAACCUCAGCUAAUACAGUAUAUAAAUGUUUAAUUUUUCGUAAAGAAAUGCUCGCGAAAAUAAAGAAUUUUGUUGAUUUUAUUUUUUUUUUAAUUUUCUACACAUAAAAAUGUAAUGUAAAGUUUAGCGUUUAAGUAGCAUAUUGUAAUCGUAUACGUUUAAACAAAAUUGAAAGUAAAAUGCUAAAUGCAUUUGUAUGUAUGUAUGUGUUGCAGCGAAUUCAAGCGAAACUAAAAAAAUUUUCAUAUGUUCUGUAAAACAACUACCAAGAUAUGAACUUAAUUAUAAUACAAAAACAAAUAAAAAGAUCAUUAUAAAAAAUAUGAAUGCGAUUUGCAAUUUAAAAAACUGUCUACUUUUUUACUUAAAAUUAUAAACGUGUUUUAUAAUUACCAAAAAAUGCGCAGGUUAGCAAAAGAUGUUUUGAAAGUUAUCAUUUAAUACAACUGACUUAAAAAAUGUUGCUAUAUUGAAAGGUAACAAAAUAAGUUCUGGAAACGGCGCCUAUAAUACCCUUCACAAAUAUUAUAUGUACAUACUCCAUACAAGAACUUCAUUUUUAUCGCUUAAUUUGUAUGGCAGCUAUAUGCUAUAGUGGUUUGAUAUCGGCGGUGCCGACAAAUGAGCAGCUUCCUGGAGAGAAAAUUACAUGUGCAAAAUCUUCGAACGAUAUCGCAAAAACUUAGGGGCUUCUUCGCGUAUUAACACGUCUUGUUUAUAUAUACUUGAAAUGGCUAAAUCGACUCGGCUUGUUAUGUUGAUCAUUUAUAUAUAUAAAAAUAUAAAUAUAUAUAUAUAUUAGAGAGAUUAUAUAUACAAUAUAUUAGAGAGUCACUGGGAGGUCUUUACAAGGGUUAAUGACAAAUUCCACAUACAUAUAUAUAUAUAUAUAAGUAUAGGAACCGCGCUAAAAAAGUAGUAACAAUAAAAAUUCAAAAUUCUCUUUAGAAAGUAGUCAAAAUUAAACGUUCAUGAAUAAUUAUAACGAUAUUCACAAUCCUUAGAUCUUCGCAAACUCAUUAAAUACGAGGAGACACUAGGCAUUAAUGCUCAUCAAGAUAAUUACUUUGAGAAGCUCUUUAAGCGUACAACCGCCAGUUUCCGCGCUAAAGUUGACAAGGAGAAUGCAUAUUGUGAACGCGCUGACGAAGUAAAGUCACAACGUAAACAUGACGGUCAUGCCUUACGAUCGCUGAAUCAGAAAGAGCAUCAAAAACAAGUGGAAUCAAGAGCGGGAAUGGCAAAGAAAGGCAAUCAAUGCCAUUCUACGCGCACCUAUACCACUUCGCAGUAUGGCACAACUUUCGAGGGCGGUAGUAUGAGUGGCAAACUGAAUGUCAAACAAAAGUCUCCACAACAGCAGAAACAAGUACAGUCAGCAGAACCACGCAAAAAGGUUUCAGAACCACGUCCUCGGUCGCACACAAACACUUUCGGUGCGGAAACUAUAUCACGCGAGCAAGCUUGGCAAAGUAAUAAUCGUAUACCUUUUGGUGAAUGCAAUGAAUUUAGAGGUCCUCAAACCGAAACGACUGCACGUACCUCAUCGCGUCCAGCAGCCCAAAGGGAGGCGAGUCUAAAGCGUGGCCAAACAGCAACCACCACAAUUGGUAUCAAAGAAGACAAGUCUAAAGCAAAUGGAGCAGCGUCAAAGACAAGAGUUGAAUCGCGGGAUACUGAUCGUGGCCGUGCUCGUGUUAGAUAUCCAUCUCACGAACGUAGCGCACCAAGGCGUAGUCCGAGUGGCGGCAGCUACACCACAGCCAGAUCUUUGGGUGUUAUGAUACCACGACAAUGCACAGCGACACGCCGCCGCCGACCGCUAAGUAAAGAUCCGGUCGCCUUAUAUCACUACUAUCAAAGUGAAUGGAAUUACUUUCGUGAGCAAAUACCAGGCGAGAGUUCACAUGCGGAGCUGCGUUGGAUGAUACGUGAACGUCUAAUGGAUCCAAACUAAAAAA